AUGCGGGCGGACCAGUCACACUCACUCACACUAAAAGAGGAAAAGUGUGAAGUGUUGGAAACCAAACUUCACUACACUCAAAAGCAGGUUGAUGAUUUGCUAGCAGAAAAAGCAUUCACGUAUAGUUGCAUUUCUGAUGUUAACGGACUGCUAUCUGAUAUCAUUGAGACCCAUGAUCCUAUGAUUUCUAUCACCGUCCGAAAGCAUCUGCUUGAAAAGCUGAGACCGGUGUUCGCAAUGCUGCAUCGUUUGGAGGGUGUUUCGACACGGAUGUCAUUUCCGAAACAAGGGGGAGAAGGGAGCUCAAAAGUUCAUACGGAGGAUGUCAAACCCAAAGUAUCAGUUAAACCUCCUGUCAUCAAAGAUUCACGAACAUGCUCGCAAGAGGCUAAGGAAAAGGAAAGAGCUGAAAAGGAAGCUCAUGCCACUCUUAAGAGUAAAAUGUUGUUAUUUCCAAAGUGGACCCUGAAGCGCAUGCAGAACCAAGCUGUGGAUAUGCCAAGUCAAUAUUGGUUGGAUCCCAUUGCUUCCUUUGAUGUUCAGAACUCACAGGAUUCACAGUUUGACCUUCCCAUCACUCUGAAGGCGUUCACGUUUCAUGCCUUCAUCAAGGUUUCCAGUAUUCCUUUCUCGGAUAGCACCGGUGAUCAAACAUUGUUUAACUUCUACUUGAAACAUAUGAAGCCUCAGUUCGAGACCUGGAGUGCGAGCAAAAUUGUAGUUGUGAAGGUUACUGGGCUGAUCGAGACUGAAAGCUUCCCUAAUGCAAAGUUUAAAGUUGCGAGAGGAUCUGCACGUCAAGCUUGCAAAUUUACUCUCGCAGAUUUGCCAUGCUUGACUAUGAUCAAGUCCUACAUUCCUGAAGUUGGGAUAUUCAGAUUAUGA